AUAAAAUCAGGACACACACACAAUAAUGUCUGGGUAGGCUUGCUGGAAUAUAAACAUUUUCAGCAGGUGUCUAAAGCAGUAUAGUGUGUCAGCUUAAAUAUCAAUGGGUAGGGAGUUCCAAAGAUUCAGAGCAAUCUCAACCAUCCAGUCAGCCCCAUUCCCCAAAUCCACUGCUUACUUGUAUGAAGAUACAGUGCAUUCUUACCAUUCUAAAAGAGGUCAAUAGGGAUCCACAUCAUUCCAAAAUUGACUGAUUUUUUUAAUGAUGUUUUUAACUAGGUAAGGCUGCUUUCUUAUCUUCAUGGGGUAGCGUAAAGGGCUCAGAGCAUGUGAAACCUUUUCCACAUAGAAGUUCUAUGGAUAGGGCAAAUACUAGUGGGAGAAAGAAGAGAAGGGAUAAUGGACACAAUAGAAAUUAUGCUUUCACUAGAGGGAUGGGUACCGGUAAUUGUGCAUCUCCAAUUUAAGCCAUCUGGCCAAAACAGAAGGCUCAUCUGGUAGGGAAAUGGUAAGCAGACACCUCCCCCCUGCCCCCUCCCCCGCCAUACAACACUAAAAAUAGUGCUGUAGCAGUAGCAUUCUAAUCUCUAGUCACACUGCUAUGCUACCACAUGCACAAAACUACUAAUGGAGUGCCCAGUCUUAUCAAUGAGAACUCAGAAGGAAGUCCCGUUGUGAAUAAGGUUACAGCCUUACUGUGACUUUUGAGUGGGUGUGUAUAGGAUUGUGCUAUAAAAUAAAAGAUGUGUCUUAUACAAGCUGCUUCCCCAUCCUCCCUUUAUUGAGAAUAUUAUUUGUUGAAAAGAAACUGGAGGCAGUUCCAGAAUUCCAAAGAUUCUGGAUUCAUUUAGGAAUCACAAUUUUUCAUACACUGGUACAGAAUCACAAAAUGGAGUGUAACAGAAUGUAAUCUUCAUAAAUUGCAUGAACAAAAAAUUCCUGUACUGGGGUCACGUCCGUAGUGAGUUAAUUGGCUGCCACUGUAUGGGGGCAGCAGAUGGGCAUUGGCAGCAGCACUGGUGAAGCUUCUAGAGAUGCUAUGGGCAUGUCUGCCAUGUUCCCACCAAUUUGGUAUUUUCUACCCGUGUGUGCACCCCUUUCUCAGCUGAGCUAUAGUAGUAAUAGCAAAUCAUCAGACCCAGCAAUGUAAUAGGUGUUUAGGAUUGCUCUGUUAAGAUGUUAGCCCAAACAACUUUAUCUGAUUUGUAAUAAUCUAAAGGGUGCAUAAUUCAAUAUCCAUUUUCUGCUGAACCUUGUUGAUACCCCAGGAAAUGUUUCAGCGUUCCAGACUUGGAAAAUGACAUCCUCUGCUUAAUCAGCCAAAGGUUCUUAAAGGAACGUGUCACAUGACACCUGUCCCCCCCCUUUUUUUUCUCACAUCCAACAACACACCCAGGGAUUAGUCUAAGGGCUUUAAUAGGUUUUGUGAAGAGCCUGCUAAAAGAAGCAGGGCCCAUCCACAAUCACAUUACCGUCUCCGCUGCCAAGAAAAUCAACAGGAGGACUUGGUUCACAGGUGUUUUUCUAGAAGAAAGUGAAGCCCAGUGCUAAACUGUUCUGGCACAGUAAGUACUUCAGAGACAACGUUCCACAGCUUUAAAGGAAAGGAAAGUGAGGAGGGAAAAGCUUCCUCCAGUCAGAGCCAUGGGGGCCUCCCAGUCAAAACGGGUGAGUAGCUUUCUUGUUGAUGGUCCGAUAAAGGGGAUGAAGCCUGUGUCUGUCAUAUCCCUGACAUCAUGACGAGAUCUUUUUGAUCAGUCGGUCACAUUCUGUUGCGUAUACAGUCUUUGAACUAAGUCUACAUGACAACAGAAGCAUGGCAAUACGGCAAUCUAUAAAGCAAUCUCUCGAGAGGCAGAGGUGUUUCUGAUGGCUGACAACUGUGGAAUAUUCAUCUGCUGGGGGCUCUUGGAAGCUUAACCCUGAGCUUUUCUUAGAAAUACUAUAUGACCUUUUUAUUUGGGCUUAAUCGUUUCAUCUUGACUGCUUCUAAACUGAUGAGUGGAUGGGCUUUGUGUAGUCUGAAUGAAUAAUUAACUAAAUAUAAUAAUUUAAAUCUGAAAUGAACAAUAUACUGUAAAUUAGACCAAGUCAUUUUGCUUCCUGAAGUGAAGGACAAGAUGCCAUCCCCUCUAUUCCAUGAACAGCAGCCACCCAGCUUGGCCACUGAAUCUUCCUUGAUUACUGGGGAUGGAACAGGCACCGUAUGGAGUACAGGGCAGUCUGUACUCCCUAUAGCUGCACCAUUUCACUAUUCGAGCUUCAUUAGGGGCUAAGUACUCCCCCCACUGGUGUCCUACAGUGUGAGAGCAAAUAUUUUUUUUAAAAAAAAAUGUGAGCACCAACAAGGCUGCUUCUGCCUCAGAAGCAAUUUCUCUUUAUAUUUCCUCUCCUCCUCUGUCUCCUGUAUUUCCCUCUCAUGAGUGCCGCCCCCCAUAGUCGCCUUUGACUGGACUUAACCGUCCAGGGGUCCUUUACCUUUACCCUCCUCUAGCACUGAACCACACAUUUCUCUUACAUUUACUGAAAAGCCAAGAUAGGGAAUAAACAUAUUGUUCAAUUGUUAUGCUACUCACAGAAAGACUAAACCCUCCAUUACAUCUGGACUAUGUAGAGGAUGUGGCAUCUCACACACUAGAAAACGGUGCUGUCAUAUUUCUCAGAAGUGCAAAAGAUGGGAACUGUUGUUCACCCACAGUGCAGAUGGACAUAGUGUCAUACAAAUGCUUUGUGUUAAUCCUCUGGUGACAGUGACCUCUCUUCAACACAGGGCUGUUAUGGUGCAAAAAGUAAUUGUGUCAGACCUGUCCUGUUACAUACAGGUGAAGGAAACAGUUCUUGCCCCCGCAAAACAACCUCCUGCAGGGAUAAACUGCUAGAUUAUACUUAAUCCUGCUUCUAUGUCUAGUCAUCAUUUUCACUCUUACGUUGAUCCACUGAACCUAUCCCCUUUCCUCUCCACAGCCACCUAACCAAAAUCCUAAUUGAAAGGUAGAUCUGCCAGAAAGGCUACUUUUAGAGAUGGUUUGUUCACACUUCAGCUGAAGAAAGAUGAAACUUUGUCUGUCUUAGGGACAGACAAGCUGUCGCUUAAUUUGGUAGUAAGUUUCCUGUAACUCCAUGAAUUCUCCACCAUCCAUAUGACGAUCUCCAUAUCACUGCCUUCCCACACGUUCCCCUCCCUCAACCUGGAUUUGCUCAUAGGAAUGCUCUGAAAAGGAGAGGGUAUGAAAAAAUCCAGAUCAAGGGAGGGGAAAGUGUGGGAAGGAAAACGUCAUAUGGACAAUGGAGAAUUAAUGAGGGCACAUUAUCCACAUAAAACAACAGUAUGGAUGAGCUUUUAAUCGGCGCAGAGCAAAGCAACACUAAUCAACAUUUCAAAUCUAAUAAAGGGGGAGAGAUUGGGUCUAAAGGCAGAAGGAAUACUGAUGAAGAUGCAUUUAUGUUCCUGAACUUCAUAGGCAUGGAGAUGAUGGUUUUGAGGACAACUUUAAAGCAGCUGAGCUAGUUUUCCAGGGAAAGAGCCACAUCAGGUGAAGGGGAGCAGCACAUGCCAUUCUUUAAGCAUAACUGCUGAAACUUGGCAUCUAAGAAAUCCUUAACAGGAACGUUUGUCUUUUCCCCGAAUGAUGUAUUCAAUCUGUUGCUGCUGCAGUACAUUCCUCUAGCAAAUGUGUUGUUUGUCUUUGGAGAUUUAAACCUGUAAGGAUCAGGCAGGGCCAACUCUAUGAUUAUGUGGAGGGAAGCAGCUGUCUCAGGUAGUGAAUGCAGCUGCCCCACCCCCAUUGCUCCUGAACCUCCCCCCAGCCAUUUCUCCCAUCCUCCUGAACUGACACCCCCGCUGUGGCCAGCAGUCUCACCUAGUGAUCUCCCAGUGCAUAUCCUUGACCUAGCAAGCAGGAAGAGAGGCAGCCAGCCCAGGCUACACACCCCAGAAGGCACUAUGUAUGUGAAUGUAUUUCUUGGCACACAUGACUGAUGCUGAGGCAUCCUUUGUCUGAGCAGGCAGCAAAUGGGUACCAGGCAGGGCAGUGACUGAACAGGCAGCAGAAGGUUUUGGAGGACAGAGCAUGCUCUGAGCUAGUCUGUUGCCCUCAGUUUCAAUGGUGGAGACUGCCUCACCACAAGUGUUGAAGUAAGAUUUGACUGCCUGUCUGGUCAGCUUCUCUAUGGUGGAAUAUGUGGUGGGGAGAUUGUUUGUGUUAUCAUAUCCGUUGCCUCAGGCAGCAAAAUGUAUUGGACAGGCCCUGGAUAUGUGCUAGGGAUGUUCUGCUUUGCCCGCAGCUCCAUAUGAUUAGGAUGUAGAAUAAAUAGAUGUUGGUUUUGUCUAACCUGCUGAAAGUCUAUGUGCAGGGUGAAUACAGAACUCAGAAGAGCAGUCUGAACCCAGAAGGAGACACCAGAAGCUUUGAGCAUGGCACCUACCAGGCAUCUGAAAGCCACAGGAGCCUCAUUGAGCCCAAGAAACUGCCAAACCCAGUGAGGGAGUCCAAGCACCAUCGGGAGUUGCACCGGGAACUGAUUUUCACUCAAAGGAGGGGGAUCCUUCCAGAACACAAACCCGAGCUUCAGAGAGUUCUAGAAGCCAGAAGAAUCAAGCAGCUGAAGCAGCAGGAAGAAACCCAAAAGCCCUUGACAGAUCUGGAAGAAGAGCUGAGAAAACGACAGCAGAAGCUUGACCAGUAUGAAAGGGAGCUGGUCUUGAAGGGCGAGCAAGAUGGCCGGCCUGAGUUCAUCCUCGUCAAAGAGAGCCUGAGGAAGAUAAAGCUGUCUACAGAAACGGACAUCAGGCAGACAUGAGAGCCAGGUGACUGCAAGUGCAGUUUCUAUCCGAAUGGCUCCUUGAUGGAAGAUCACACGGAGGAAUCCUAGGAUGCACCACAGCCUCUCCUUGCUGGCCUGCAGAGCCCCUGCUCAGGUUAACCUCAGGCACUGGGCAGCAGGAGAAAGUCGGAAGCAAGGACUAGCCUCGUGGUGGCUUUGGGUGGAGGCUGGCUGUCAUUCAGCCAUGACAGUUAAGGAAACAUGGAGACGAAAGGGCAGAUUGGAAUCUGCAGUGGAGGCGGUGGCUUGGCAUGGCUGCCUUUUUAGUUUUUUAGGGGGGGGAGGGUUGUUUGUUUUGCUACUCAGUAAUGCAUCAUUACAAAGAAAAUACUCUUCUUCUUUUCUUUUUUGCAUUCCAAGCCUUACUAGGCUCCCAUCUGACCAAGGCCUCUCUUUUCUCUUUGUAAAAAUGUUGAUAAUGCUCUUACCUGAUAGCUCCAGUGUCAAAUUUUCUAUGCUUAGAUUGAGAUAUAACCCACCAUUAAAGCUAACUUUGGCAUGGAGAAA